GAAACUCAGCAUGCUGUUUCGUCAAGCACCACUCUUCCAGCAAGAGAAACAAUAUCAACAAGUAGGUCUCAGUUAAGAACUUGAGAAGCCCACAAUAUGCUGUAACUAACCGAGCAACCAGGCACAACAUCCGAAUGGAUCAAAUCGGAAAUAGAAUUAUGACUAAUUUAUUAGUCAAAACCAGGAGCAGUUGCCAAAGAUGCAACUAUAGAGCCCAUAUAGUUGCAUUUUUCGGAGCUGUUUGCUUUUUAGGUCUAACAAAUUUUUAAAAAUUUCACUCAAAUCUAUCACCUACGAACUCCUUUUUUGUUUUUUUCUAAAAUUAAAUAUCUCUUCUUAAUAAAUAUUAUAAUAUGUCAACUUCUAUAUUCCGUGUUUACGAUUACUAUUGUAAUUGUUAUGCAUUUAAUUAAAUAACUUUUCUCAAAAAUUAUAUAGCAACAUCUAUACUGAAAAAGACAGGUAGUUUAACAGCGGAACCUACAAGUAUGUCCACAACGAAUCAAUGUAAAUAUUCAAAAUUCAUCUUUUACCCUAAGAAUUAAAUUUUUUAACUAAAACGUCUAAACUGAAAAAGACAACUAGUUUAACAACUCAACCAACAAGUAUUGGCAGAAUGAGUCAAAGCAGAACUUCUGUAAUCAUUCUUUUAUCCCAAGAAUAUCAAAUGUUAUGAUUAUACUCAUCUCUUUAUAUCAGGUUUAAUAACUCAACCAACAAGUAUGUGCAAAACGAGUCAAUGCAAAACUUUUGUGUUUAUCCUAAGAAUAAUACAUGUUAUGAUUUUAAAUAUUACUCAUCUCAUUAUAGCAACAUCUACACUGAAAAAGACUGGUGGUUUAACAAGUUCAGUUUAACAAGUUCAGUUUAACAAUGCAGAACUUCAGUAUCCAUCCUUUUAUCCUAUAGGAAUAUUAAAUUGUUAUGGUUUUAAAUAUUACACGUCUCUUUAUAGCAACAUCGACACUGAAAAGGACAGGUGGUUUAACAAUUCAACCAACAAGUAUGUGCAGGAUGAGUCAAUACAGAACGUCUGUGUUCAUUCUUUAAUCCAAAAUGUUAUGAUUCUAAAUAUCACUCAUCUCAUUAUAGCAACAUUGAAAAAGACAGGUGGUUUAACAAUUCAACCAACAAGUAUGUGCAUAAUGAGUCAUGUAAUAUUCUUUUAUUAAUUCUUGUGGUUCUAAAUAUUACUCGCCUCUUUAUAGCAACAUCUAAACCGAAAAAGACAGGUGGUUUAACAACUCAACCAACAAGUAUGUGCCAUUUUUGGCAUUGAAUGUUCCGAAUAAACCGGAACAGAAACCCGAGUCACCUCCUGAGACAUACCAUCCCUCAAACCUCCGUUAUAAUAUCCCUAUUCAAAUUACUCAACGGUCCUGCAAAUCCCCUGUAUCGUGACCAAAGUGUAAUCAGAAUAACUUAAUAAGGAUCCAAGCUGAAACUUCCAGUUGCAGUCAUGCUAAUAAUUUAAACAGUGACAAACCAAUGUUUGAUGGAAAAAUAAAGAUAGCCCAUUUGAACAUAUAAGGUCACUAAGAAAUCGAUCGCAUUUCAUUAAAGCUAUAGGGAGUUUGUUAUAACUUAUAGCAUUGAUAUAUUAUUUACUAUAUCAGAACCGUGACUAAAUAGCACCGUAAAAAAUGUUGCAAUUUAAAUUGAUGGUUAUAAAUUGAUUAGACUCGAUCGCCUCCACAGGAAAGGGGGUUGUGUGUAUGUCUACAUUCGCAGUAGCAAUAAAGCAUCCCAUUUGAAAGCUCUACCCUCAAUUUCCGAUACAAAUUUCCAUCCAAAUUAUAUUCAAGCCCUUCUUUUGCGAAAGCCGGUUCUUAUCAGUGGCGGAUUACCCAAUAGGCUGAGUAGGCUGAAGCCUAUAAGGCGCGGGCUUUUGAGAGGCCCGUGAUUUUGUAGAGAAUGAAUUUUUAAUUACUUUUACUAUUUUUUACUCAAUUAAGCAAUGAAAUAAUGUGAUUGUAGCUAAUUUAGUAAUGCUAUUGCUACCUUCCUUGGUUUUCAUGAAUAUUGACCCCUUGAACGUCACCGGCUACACGUAGUUUAACUGCGCAAUGUUCAGAAUUCAUGAAGUACCACCAUCAUUUUCUGGAAAAUUCCGCUGACCGUUUCCAGGAAUUUCAAAAUUUAGUCUGAAAUCACAAUUUUCCUCAGCUUUUACGCUAUGAGUUAUAAACACAAGCCAUGCAAGUAAUGUAAAAGCAAAGGGACGGGAAGAGCGUAAACGUCGACAAGAGCCUGAACUUCAGCGGAUUUCAAAAAUCCAGAAAUUUUUCACCCCUGCCGUGCAUGUGCAUCUAAUACCGAUUCAUUAUCUUUGCCUACCUCAACAGAACAUGUGAACGUGAAGUCUUCUGAAUCGCUAUGCGACUGGGAAAAUGCUGUUUGCCGGAUAGAAAGACAUGAAAACAGUCAGAGCCAUCGUGUAGCAUCCUCUGCAAUGUUCAACAGAUCUGAUACAAAGAAUCGCACAGACAAUAAACUUUUAGAGCAGCAGAAAGCGGAAGUUGCUUAG